AUGCAACAGGUCCGGUACAAUCCCGACCACUCUGGACACGUGCCACGCCGUGCGGUGUCUCCCCACUCGCAAGAGCAUAAUUUCAAGAUCUACCGCGAGUACUUGGUCAGGCGGAUCAAAGAUGUCACUCAAGGCUCGGAACCGACGAGUUUCUUUACCGACUCACAACUUCCUCUAUUGCAAGGCGAUGCUGCCGAGUGGGACAAGACACUGCUGGAACACAUCCUCGAUCUGGCCAUUGAGGUGGCGGAGAUCGCACGCACCGAUUUCAAUUCGAAUAUGAGUGAAGCCGAUAAUAUUCAACAUUAUGUUCGCUUCGCACGGAGUUGGAUGUACGAAUAUGAGCAAAUGAGGCGUUUGUGGAGGAGCGAGGCCGACGUGCAGAACGCUGUGAAGGAAUGCCGAGCUGCUGUCAGGACUUGGUGGCGGAACAGAGCGACAGAGGUAGCGAAUGAGGAGCGGAAGCAGCGGAAAGAGUCGAUCCAACAAGAACGUAAAGAGGCCAUGGAAUCACUCGUCGCACUCAUCCGAACUUCGAUAUCUCGCUCUCCUGCAGAUGUCAUGGACGUGUGGGAGGGCAUCGAAGAGCAAAUCGAUCAAUGCCAGGGAACUUUGACGGAAGAAGUCAAGGAAUCGAUUGCAAAGGAGUUCGCGCGAAUGUGGAAGCAUGUACAAGCGCCUCGUCGAACAGGAUGGAUCUUUCACUCCACAAAACCUCGUCCUAAAGGAUGUCAAGCAAAGGUGGCCGUGACGUGGAAAAUACCUCCCGGUGGUGAGUACGACUCAGAGAAAGGGCAUAUCACCUACGAAACCUCGCAUGCCUACACAGAGUUCUACCGACAUGACACAUACCCAUGGAGCCCGGACUUGAAAGACCCCCCAGAGACCAUCACGCCGUUUUUGAUCGAUCCCAUCAAGGUCAGGUUCUCCACGACAACACUCAACGGCAAGCCCACGAAAGGAGAGGUUGCUCUAAAGCCUCGUGAGAUUGAAGCGCAAGACGUAAGACGUGCUCUAGCUUUGAGAAGCGGAGCACGAUCUGAAGCAAAUGCAGAAGUGUCCCAGACUUCAAGCACAAGCUCGACAUGGUCGGAAGAGCUAUGA